CAAUGGUGAAGCUGAGCAAAGAGGCCAAGCAAAGGCUGCAGCAGCUUUUCAAGGGAGGACAAUUUGCCAUCCGCUGGGGUUUUAUUCCUCUCGACCUGGGAUUUAAGAGGGGUACAGAUCCUGGAAUGCCUGAACCAACUGUUUUGAGCUUCCUUUGGGGAUAAAGGACUGUGGUCAUCUGGUUUUGGAAGCAGUCAAUGCAGAGGAACAAUAUGGAAGGUGUGCUCUCUG